UUUUACUCCCCCUCAGAAAAUCUUCGGGCAAAAGAUCGAGACCAUCUUUAUCCAGAGCAACGAUGUCUCGUAGUAUGCCGGAGGCGGUAGCGUGGACGACGAGCGGUGAUGCCAAGCUGGGACUGCGUGAUGUGCAGGCUGAAGGUGUGCACGAGCAGGCGCGCGCGAACUGGGAGCCGUAUGACUUUAACGGCGGCACUGUGCUGGCCAUCGCGGGCGAGGACUUUGUAGUGAUUGCAGGUGACACACGUCUGAGCACGGGUUACUCGAUACUCAGCCGUGGGGAAAGCAAGCUGCACGAGCUGACGCCCACGACAGUGCUGGGUUGUCCCGGUUCGCACAACGAUAUCAUCCAGCUACGCGGUGUUUUGAGUAUCCGUGCACAGAUGUACCAGCACGACAACGAGACGUCCAUGACCUCGAGUGCCAUGGCACAGCUGCUGAUGAACACGCUGUACUCGCGUCGCUUCUUCCCGUACUAUGCCUUCUGCAUCCUUUGCGGUAUCGACGAGAAGGGCAAGGGUGCUGUGUACACGUACGACGCUAUCGGCUCGUACGACCGCGUCACGCGCGCGGCUCAGGGCAGCGGCGGCCACCUGAUGAUCCCGCUUCUGGACAAUCUGGUGGAGCACGACACCCGCACGGACCCCAAGAAGACGCUCACACUGCAGGAGACCAAGGACAUCAUCAAGGACGCGUUCAUUACGGCCGGAGAAAGAGAUAUUUACACGGGCGACAGCGUGGAGAUCUUGACCAUCAAGGCUUCGGGCAUUGACAGGGAGAUGUUCGCACUCAAGAAGGACUAGAGUCGCUACAAGUGUCUUUUAUCCCUUCAGGAUCGUCACUAAACAGGAGGAGGAAACGAGUUAGUAGCUCCCUCGUGUCUAUGAAUAUAACCAAAGACCGAUUUUCUCCUUCUUACCACAUCUUUCGACUGUAUUAACUCUCCUAUUCCUCCU